AUGGAAAUUUAACAUUUUCCUUUAGAUUUUGGAAAUUUUCAAAUUCACCAAUAUCGAUGCGGUACCACCUGCCCGACAUUAGUAUGGCUGGAUUUUCCUAGCCAGUACGGCCGGAGCAUGGAUGGAUUUUCCUAGCCAGUACGGCCGGAGCAUGGAUGGAUUUUCCUAGCCAGUACGGCCGGAGCAUGGAUCCUCUACCCUACGGCCGGAAUACGAAUCCUCUACCCUACGGCCGGAAUACGAAUGUCUAUCCGUUUAUGGGAUGUUAAAACAGGAUAAUAAAAAGCCAAAUUAGUUGGUCAUUCAUCAACAGUUAAUUCAAUUUGUUACUCUCCUGAUGUUACUACAUUAGCGUCUGGUAGUUAUGAUAACUCUAUCCGUCUUUGGAACGUAAAAACAUCAAAGGAAAUACUUCAAUCAGAUAGUAGCUAUAAAGAUUUGCUUUCCUAGUUUAGCAUACCUCUUCAGAAUAGCUCCUUAUUGCCAAAUGGUAAUGUUUCUUAUUAUUUAGUUAAUCCUUAUUGUACAAUACUUAGAAUAAGCUAGAAUCCUUUAUUCCAAGCAUCAGGAACACUUAUCUUCUAAGGACAAUACAUGAGUUAUUAAGGGAUAGAUUUAAAACCAUUGUUUAAAUCAAUAGGAAGUUGCUUUUUAGAAGACUUAAAGCAAAAGCAAAAGUGA